CAUUCCCCCGUCCACUCUGUCGCCUAACCAACCCAAGACGCCGUAAAAGCUGCCCUAGUGUUCAGCAAUGACGUCAAACGUUUCAAAAGCCACGCACCUAGCGAUUUAUGAAUCUGAAAUAUCGCCACGUAUGGAGUAUUAUUUCCGGCAAGGGAGCGGGGAUAGGGGACGUCGCACUUGGAAUGGGGAUGUCCUCUCGCGAGAUCUGGGGGCUUUGAGCGACUGCCACGUCUCGGCUAGCAGCUAGCAACAUUCCAGGUAGCAAACAUCCUCCGACGGCGGACCAGCGUCCAAGUUCCUCCCGACGCACCGAAGUCAUACGAACGCACUCGCACCCGCUGAACCAUUUUGCGCUUCCCGUUAAACAUCAUGGGUCGUCCACAUCUGCUGCUCUUGGCGACGCUGGCCUCCUCUACGCUGCUGCUGCUGCUGCUCGCCUCGCAUCCCUGCGACGCUCACAGCCACUCGCACGACCACCAUCAGGGCCACCAUCACGGCCACGCCCACGGAGACGACCACCACGGCCACGCCCACGGACACGACCACUCGCACGGGCCGGAGGUGAAGAUGUACCACGGCGCCAGCAAGUGGAGCGCCGAGGCCAACCUGCCGCCGCGGGAGGAGGAGCGCCACGGGCACGGCCACUGGCACGGAGAUCACCACGGGCAUGACCACGGAGACGAGCAAAACGACGACCGCCCGCGUGAUGUUGAACAGGGUAAUAACCAUGACGGUGAGCAAAAUGAAAACCACGAGCAUAUCGGUGAUGACUUGCUAAACGAUGAGCAAGAGCAGGCCGAUGAUCUCAGUCACGCCGAUGACCUCGCGAACGCCGAUUACCAAGAGCAGGCCGAUGACCAAGAACGAGCCGACGAACAAGAGCGGCCUGGUGAUCACAGUUACACUGAUGAUCACGGUCAUACCGAUGACCAAGAGCACGUCGACGAUCACGGUCACGUCGAUGACCAAGAGCAGGCCGAUGAACAAGAGUGGGCUGAUGAUCACAGUUACACUGAUGAUCGCGGUCAUACCGAUGACCAAGAGCACGUCGACGAUCACGGUCACGUCGAUGACCAAGAGCAGGCCGAUGAACAAGAGUGGGCUGAUGAUCACAGUUACACUGAUGAUCACGGUCAUACCGAUGACCAAGAACAAGCCGUUGAUCAUGAACAAGACGAUGACCAAGAUCUUGCCGAUGAUUCCGAUUACACUGAUGAUCACGGUCACACCGAUGACCAAGAGCAGACCGACGAUCACGGUCUUGCCGAUGAUUCCGAUUACGCUGACGAUCAGGGUCACGCCGAUGACGAAGAGCAGGCCGACGAUCACGGUCUUGCAGAUGAUUCCAAUUACGCUGAUGAUCACGGUCACGCCGAUGACCAAGAGCAGGCCGAUGAUCACGGUCUUGCAGAUGAUUCCAAUUACGCUGAUGAUCACGGUCACGCCGAUGACCAAGAGCAGGCCGACGAUCACGGUCUUGCCGAUGAUUACGCUGACGAUCAGGGUCACGCCGAUGACGAAGAGCAGGCCGAUGAUCCAGGUCUUGCCGAUGAUUCCGAUUACGCUGACGAUCACGGUCACGCCGAUGACGAAGAGCAGACCGAUGAUCGCGGUCUCGCCGAUGAUCCCGAUUACGCUGAUGACCGUCACGCCGAUGACCACACGCGCGCUGAUGAACAAGACCAGGCCGAUGACCAAGAACAGGUCGACGAUUACAGUCACGCCACCGGUCACGGCGACGACCAAGAGCAGGCCGACGUUCCCGGUCGCGCCGAUGACGAUCACAGUCAAGCCGACGCCGAUAUACAUGCCGCCUCGCGUGACGAUGACGGCGCGCACAGCGAUGACCGCAGGCAAACCGAUUACCACGAGAACGCCGGUGACCACGUGCACGACGCUGAUGACCACGGGCACGGCCACUGGCACGAUCACGGUCGUGCACGCCAGCACGGCGAUGACCACGGGCACGGCCAUGAGCACAGCCAUACGCACUACCACGGUCAUGGGCACGCACCCGCUCACGGAGAAGUGAAGAGUGACGCAGAGAAGCGGGACAUGAUGGAGCUGUGGAUGCAGGCCGUCGGCGCCACGCUGCUCAUCAGCGCCGCGCCGUUCCUCAUCCUCUUCCUCAUCCCGGUUCAGUCCAACAGCGACCAGCACCAGAACCUGCUCAAAGUGCUGCUGAGCUUUGCGUCGGGAGGCCUGCUGGGCGACGCCUUCCUCCACCUCAUACCGCACGCUCUGGAGCCGCACUCCUACCACGGCGACGACGCCCGCGCCGCUGAGGAACCGCACGGCCACGGCCACUCGCACGGCGGCGCCCACCAUCACAUGAUGUCGGUGGGCCUGUGGGUGCUGGGCGGCAUCGUGGCCUUUCUGAUCGUGGAGAAGUUUGUCCGUUUGCUGAAGGAGGGCCACUCGCACGGGCACUCGCACGGUGUUAAGGAGAAGGACAGCGACGGAGAGGAAAAGAAGGCACCAAAGAAGAAGAAGGUGGAGAAGAGUGUUGGUGAGUAUCGAAGCUUUUUUUUUUUUUUUUUAAUGGAGAAGAAAUUUUAUUUUUGUGUUUCUGCGGCAGACAUCAAGGUCUCCGGCUACCUCAACCUGGCGGCCGACUUCACCCACAACUUCACCGACGGGCUGGCGAUCGGCGCUUCCUUCCUGGUGGGUCCCGCGGUGGGCGCCAUCACCACCAUCACCAUCUUGCUGCACGAGGUGCCGCACGAGAUCGGGGAUUUCGCCAUCCUGGUCCAGUCCGGCUGCACCAAGAGGAAGGCCAUGUGCCUGCAACUGGUCACCGCCGUGGGAGCGCUGGCCGGCACCGCCUGCUCGCUGCUGGCCGAAGGCGUGGGCGCGGCGGCCACCGCUUGGAUCCUGCCCUUCACGGCGGGCGGCUUCAUUUACAUCGCCACGGUGACGGUGCUCCCCGAGCUCCUCUCCGGCCGCUCCAGUUUCGGCCAGUCCCUGCUGGAGGUUCUGGCCCUGCUGUUUGGCGUCGGCAUGAUGGUUCUGAUCGCAGAGUAUGAGUGAAAAAAAAAAAAAUAAUAAUCCUUGAAAUAACGUCUUUUAGUUGUUAUCGUUUUCCCCCGUUUCUUCACCUUUUUAUGUGUACGUGGGAUAAACGGUGUCUUCAUUUUGUGGGUUUGUUAUGCCAGCAUCCUUUUUUUGUUUUUUUUGUGUUAUUGUUUUGUUUUCCAGAAGGGAAAUGAGCUAGCGGGCACAUCUGGAGAGGACUUAAAACUUUCACGCACACAUUGUUUUUGUACAAAGUAGCUGCUCGGUUCGAAGCACGUGGCUGGAAAUAAGUAAAAAAAAAUGUGACGCCUCGGGAAUGACGUGAGAAAAAUCUUUUUAAAGUUGUGGCCACAAUAUCGAUGGAACGUGCGCUAAAUGCUAAUUUGUGGCUAUAAAUUGGAUAAAGUGUGCACAGAAAAUAGUUUUGAACCACGAAAUAGCAUUUUGUAUUUUCUGCGGACUUUUUACCGAAUUUGUGACCACAAAUUGUUUUAUUUUUCUUUGCGCGAUCGAUUGUGGACACUUAUUUUUUUAAUCCCUUCCGAGUCAUGCCUGGGGCUCCACACUCAAGUGUCAAAAGUGUGCAGAGACUGUUAGCAGUCAGCAGACGACAACACAAUUGUACACAACUGUGAACAACAAUAAAGGUUGAUAAUGUG